AUGGUUGCAGUCGCCAAGAUCGGGAACAAUGGUAGCUUAGAUGUGGAAAGGACACCGACAUCAAGGAGAUCCCCUACCAGGUUCAGUUCUUCUCGGGUCCGUACCUUUGUGGCGGGAACCAUCCUGAACAAGAACACCAUCCUCACUGCUGGCCACUGCCUCGAGGACGUCUCCGACAGCAGAAUGAGAAUCAAGGUUGGCAACAGCACGUUCAACCAGGGCGAGGAGCACAAGGUCCAGAAGUCCUUUACUCACCCCAAGUUCACGGAUAAGGAUAUCCCCGACUACGAUAUCGGCAUCCUCAAAAUCGCCACGCCCCUGACCUUUGGCGACGGCAUCCAGCCUAUCGGCGGCCUCGCCGCCAAGGAGCCCAAACGCCGGCGAGCUCGGCCUCGUCUCUGGCUGGGGCCACCAGGAAGCGGGCAAGUCCACUUCCACUGAAACCAUGCUGCAGCCGGUCCACGUCCCUGUCAUUAAACGCGCCAGGUGCGCCAAGAUGUACCUGCCAACCGAGUACAAAUCGCCCGUUACGGACCGUAUGAUCUGCGCCGCGUACGCCGAGGGUGGCAAGGACUCUUGUAGCGGCGGCUCUGGCGGCCCCUUUGUCAUCAACAACAAGAAUGUUGGUAUCGUCUCUUGGGGUGGUGGCUUGCGCCCGCGCCGAUUCCCCUGGCGUCUACACCCACGUUGCUCACCCGGAACUUCACGACUUUAUCACCUCGCACCUAACGUAGUUUACAAGCGAGCCGGCCACCCAAGCGAGCCGGUCACUUUAUGGUAUUUUUUGAGAUAGCUGUAGAUAGAAUUCAUUUUCAAUUCCCAACUAAAUUCUUCGUUAUGUCUAGUGGGCGUGGCAUCAGUUUGAC